UUCUGGAUGUGCCAUCAUCCCCUCCAUCCACCUGCUCUAGUACAGCUCGCACAGUGAUCAUGGACAACAACAAAGUGGUGGAAAACAUCUACCUCCUGGUCAUCGUCACACUCAUCAGUGUACUUCAGAACGCCUUCUUUGCCAACAAAGUGGAGAAGGAAUGCAAAACUAAUAACACCCAGCACACUUCUGCUUUUGAACGAGUGACCUGUGCCAAUCGUAACUGCAUGGAUUUAUAUCCCACUUUCCUGGCAGUGAUGUGGUGUGCCGGCCUGUGUCUCAGUCAAGCUCCUGCCGCCUUUGCUGGAAUCAUCUACCUUGUAGUGAGGCAGAAGUACUUUGUGGGAUACCUGGGACAAACCUCUCAAAGCACUCCAGGUUACCUGUUUGGAAAACGUAUCCUCAGCUUCUUGUUCCUGAUGUGCAUUGUGGGCAUACUCAACUACCUGCUGACGCGUUACUUUGGCAGCAACUAUAAAGAAUACGUAGAUCUCUUCACCAACGCUGCAUCUGCUCUUCUCCUCAUCCCUUAAUUCAGUGUAUGGCACAUAACAGUCAUGUGGAUUCUUCCUGUUUUUUGUCUUUCACCUGACGAGAGUUGCUGAAUUAAAACUCAGGGUUUUUUUUUUUACAUAAAAACUGAUUUUAUUGUAUU